AUGGAAAUAGAGUGUUCAAAACAUAAUAAAACACUUGAAUAUAUUUGUUUUCAAUGUAAUUUGUUGUUUUGUUACAGGUGUUCGAAUGAUCAUCCAAAAUCACAUCCCAGACAUACUUGUGAACAUAUCGAUGAUAUCAAAUUACAGUUGUUAAAGACAAUAGAUAACUCAAAGCCCAUUAAUAAUAAUAACAAUAAUAUUAGUAACAGAGAUAAAAAUAGUAAUAGAAAUGAGAAUGUUCAAGAAAGUAGUAAUAAUAAUGAUGAUAAUGAUAAUGAUAAUAGUACAAAAGAAACAGAAAAUAACUAUAUACAAUCACAAAUUGAUAAUCUAUGGUUAAAAAUAAAAGAUUCAUCAAAACAAUACAGGUCACUCGAAGAUAAACAACAAAAGAUAAGCGAUCACUUUGCAAUAUUACAUAAAUAUUUGAUUGAAGAAGAACUUAAAUUAAAGAAACCGAUUAUAAAUGAUAUCGAUUUACUUAAAGAUCAGAUUAAUCUUAAAUUAGAUGAGUUUAAAUCACUUAUCAAAAUAAUUAAUACUUUAAAACAUAAUAAUAAUAAUAACAAUAGUAGUAUUAGCAGUAAUAAUAGUGUUACAGAUGAUAGUUUAGAUUAUCAGAUUAAUGAUGAUAGUUUAGAUUAUGAUAAUGAUAAUGAUAAUGAUAAUGAUAAUGAUAAUGAUAAUGAUAAUGAUAAUGAUAAUGAUAAUGAUAAUGAUAAUGAUAAUGAUAAUGAUACAACUAUUAGAUAUUCUAUUGAAUCGAUUAUUAAUUCUGCUCUAUCGAUAGAAUCAGUACAACAAUUCAUUAAACAUCAUGAUCAAACAUUGUUUGACUAUCGGUACAAUAACAAUAAUAUUGUUAGUUUUAUCAAAGAUCAUACUACUAGCAUCGAUAUUAUCAUCCUAAAGUUAAUCAAUAUUCAUAACAAUCAAUAUAAACAAUCAAUUUCAAAGAAUAAUGUUAUCGAUAAUCAAUCAACAACAAAUAAUAAUAUGAUCAUCGAUAGUUACAAUAUCACCACAACAUUAACACCGAAUGAUAUUGAUACUUAUCAAAAAUUUGUACGACUAUCAAUAAGUGUGACCAACCGAAAUGAUAUUCUCAAGACAACUAAGACCACAACAACUACCGUAGAGAGAAGAAUACCACAACAAAGAACUGAUCCAAUAAUAACAUUCAAACAAGAACUAUCAAAGGAACUCGUUAAAGAAAGAUAUCUCCAGAAUCUAGUGCCAACCACCAAUUCCGAUGGCAUUCCGAUUUAUAUAUUUAAAUUUUUGUUACUUGGAGAUGCCUGUGUUGGAAAGACACAAAUGAUAAAUAGAUUUGCACAUAAUGAAUUCGAUAGUUCACCUGGACAUGGCACUAGUUUGGAUUUCAAAGUGCGUAUAUUCAUUGAAGAUAAAUUUACGAUUAGGCUACAACUAUGGGAUACCUCUGGAACAUAUUCAUUCCACAGAAUGAACAGUCUCUACUUUCCUGGUCAACUAGCCAUCAUUAUUGUCUAUGAUGUCACCGAUAUCGUUUCGUUUGAAAAUGUAACAAGAUUGUUUAACUUGAUCAACGAGAGCAAUGGAACGAUGGCAUAUAAAAUAUUGGUUGGCAACAAAUGUGAUAGUCCUAAAAGAGUGAUCGACUAUGAAACCGGUCAUAAUUUGGCGGAUUCGCUUGGAAUAUCAUUUAUGGAGACAUCUGCCAAAACUGGACAAGGAAUUGAAGAGCUAUUUAUGAAGCUAUACAACAUCCAUAAAAAUAUGAUUUUGAACAAAGCAAUACCAAAUCAACAAAAAAACGAUGAUAAUAAUAAUAACAAUAAACCUCAGGCAAAUGGUUUAUUCUCAUUUUUCAAGAGAUAA